ACAGAGAGAAAUGAGGAAGAUUGUGAACAAGAGAGAGAAGAGGCGUUCUCUAACAGAAAGAGGUAGAGGAGAGGAGAGCAAAAUAGUUGUUUUCUAUCUCCGUGUGGCUCACACUGAGUGUUGUCUCACCAAAAGAGAGGGAAUAUUUUAUUUAUUUUUAUUCUGUUCAUGUUAUCACCACUGAUCAUAGAGAAUAAAAACCUUGUUAAACUGGGGUUUUCUUCAAUCUGAACUCAACAGUAAAACAGAUUUAAUCUCAGAUUCUUCUUGUGGGACUAGUUUUAUUAGGAUCCUACUAGUUGUCUGGUGUGAAUAUAAUACCAGUCUGUCUCUGAGAUGGGGUCCAGAACUCUUCUACUUGUUCUGGGUCUUCAUUUCACUCUUCUGGGGAACAUAGAGGCCAGUGAUUGUGGCCUGGGCUUCAGUGCCAAAGGGAGACAAUGUGAUGAUAUAGAUGAGUGUAAAGAGUGGGACAGUAACCCACCCUGUGGAAGUAAUGCCACAUGUUACAACACACAGGGAAGCUUCUACUGUCAGUGUCAACCUGGGUUCAAAUCCACAACAACUGUCAACUUUACUGCUCUCACUGGGGAGUGUAACGAUCUCAAUGAGUGCCAGGAGACACCACAGGUUUGUGGCAGCAACUCCACUUGCCUCAACUCCAUCGGGAGCUUCAAAUGCCAGUGUCAACCUGGGUUCAGAUCCACAACGACUGUCAACUUUACUGCUCUCACUGGGGAGUGUAAGGACAUAGAUGAGUGUAAUGUAACUGCUGGUAUCUGUGGAGAGGAAGGGACCUGUCAGAACCAGGAAGGAAGCUACAGUUGCCUCUGUCUACCUGGAUACAGUAAUUAUGGCAACAAACAGGCGAGGUGCUCAGGUGAGGACAGAAUCUGGUACCAUGAUGCACUGCUUCCCAUUAUAUGGUACAUUAAGUUACGAAGAGGAACGAGAACAGGGUUCCUAUUUGAACAGUCUUUAAUUACGGCUAUAUCUAACAUAACAUACAUAUAUAUCGAACAUAACAUAACAUCUAUCUAUCUAUAUCUAACAUAACAUCUAUCUAUAUCUAACAUAACA